CACAUUCACAGGGCAAUGGAUGAUGAUACAAUAGAUUCAAACGAUGAGUCAUCUCAGUCGUCCAAUGAUGAUACUCCACAGAAAAUCAGAAGUAGCAGCAACAAGAACACCAAACAGACACAAUCACAAUCACAGUCACAGUCGACUACAGCCUCAACAGCAACAAUAGCAGUUAACAAUAGUAAUAAUAAUAAUAAGGAUGUAAAGAGAUUGAUGAUUACAAAGAUGACGUUGGAGAACUUCAAAUCAUAUGCCGGCCUUCAGGAGAUUGGUCCCUUCCACAAAUGUUUUACAUCUGUCGUUGGACCAAAUGGCAGUGGCAAGUCCAACGUUAUCGACGCUCUACUCUUUGUCUUUGGUCGCCGUGCCAAACAGAUCCGUCUGAACAAAGUAGCCGAGCUCGUCCACAACUCUGAGAAACACAAGAAGGAGACCACCGCCAAAGUGUCCGUCUUCUUCCAAGAUAUCAUCGACUUGCCAGGCGAUGACUAUAAGGUCGUACCGGGUACAGAGUUGGUAGUCACUAGGACAGCAAACAAGAAGGGUGAGUCCACCUAUCAAUUGAAUGGAGAGAAGAGCACGUAUACAAUCGUCACAGAUACAUUGAAGAAGCGUGGAAUCGAUCUGGAUAACAAUAGAUUCCUGAUCCUUCAGGGAGAGGUCGAGCAAAUCGCCAUGAUGAAGCCCAAAGCCCAGAACCCGCAUGAGGAGGGUUUGCUCGAGUACCUGGAGGAGAUCAUUGGCAGCAAUCGCUAUCUGUCACAGAUUGAGGAGUCAUACAAAGCCGUUGAGGCGGCCAAUGAGAAGAGGACCACAGUAUUCAACAGACUAAAGAUCGUCGAGAAGGAGCGUGAGGGCCUUGAGGACGCCAAGACCGAGGCCGAGAACUAUCUCAAGAUGGAGAUCGAGAGCAUUGGCUACCGCUCCAUCAUGGUGCAGAUCAAGCGACACGAGUAUGAGCGCGAGAAUCAGACCAACCUCGAGCAGAGGCAGCAGUUGGAGAAAAAGCUGGCGGUUGAGAAGGAGAAGAUGUCUGAGACGCGCACCAAGCUGAAGCAGUCCGAGUCGACUAUGAAGGCAGAGGAGCGUCUGCGCGACGACCUGUCCAAGACGGUCGCCCGAUGCAAGGACGAGCAUCACCAGCACGAGAAGCGUGCCAUCAAGAUUGGCGAGGACCUCAAGCAUCUCAACACAAUGAUCAAGAAGAACGACGCCGUGCUGGCAGAGGAAGCCAAGAGGACACAGGACCAGACCGAGGCCAUCGAGCAGCUCAAGGCGGACAUUGUAAAGAACGAAAAGGAGUCCACCGUGCUGCCCAAGAAGCUGGCCGAGGAGGAGAAGGCACUGGAGAAGAUGAUGCAAUCGCUCAAGGGCGAGACUGCCGAGCUGCAGGCCGAGAUGGAGGAGCGCCAGAAGGAGCUGAUGCCCUGGUCCAAGAAGUUUUCCGAGAUCAAGUCCAAGGUGGACAUCCAGCGCUCCGAGAUCCAGGUGCUCUCCAAGGACUUUAACGACGCCCAGCUGCGACUGGACGAGGCGACUAAAGUGUUGGGCGAGUCCAAGUCCACAGCCACCAAGCGCAACAUCGAUAUCACAGCCGCCAAGAAGGAGUUGGAACAAGUCAAGAGCAAUCUGAAGAAGGCCGAGACCGCCAUAGCACAGAUGAGACAAGAGGAGGAUAGUCUGUACGCUGAGAUGAAGAAGGCUCGUGUCAUCACCGAGGAGCUGAGGUCGCAGCUCUCUGAGAGCUCCUCAAGGAAUGCCGUGCUGGAUCGUCUGAUGCGAAUGAAGGAGACAGGCGUCCUACCUGGCAUCCACGGCCGUCUCGGUGAUCUCGGAGCAAUCGACAAGAAGUACGACGUUGCCAUCUCCACAGCCUGUCCAUCCCUAGACAACAUUGUUGUUGACACGACCUCCACAGCAGAGAAGUGUGUCGAUGAACUAAGGAGGGGCAACUUGGGAAGAGCAACAUUCAUCAUAUUGGACAAGAUUGAUUACUUGAAGAAACAGACAGAGAAGAUAGAUACACCAGACAACACACCAAGACUGUUUGAUUUGGUCAAGAUGAAGGAUGAGGAGAUGUACGCCACGGCAUUCUACUACGCACUCAGGGAUACACUGGUCGCCAACGACCUGGACGCCGCCACAAAGAUUGCCUAUGGCAGCAAGCGUUACAGAGUUGUCACGCUGGACGGUGCCCUGAUCGACACGAGCGGUGCAAUGUCUGGUGGUGGCAACAAAGUGAUGAGGGGUGCAAUGGGCUCCAGGGUGUCCGAUCCUACCGAGGACAAGAAGCGCCUGGCUAAGCUGGACGAGGAGCUAAAGGGCCUCGACGCCAGUCUACAAGAGGCCAGAACAAAGAGGACCGAGGCACAGGCCAGCAUCGAAGAGCUGACCAAGCGCAAGGCCGAGCUGGAGGUCGUGCUGCCCAAAAUGGAGAUGGAUAUCAAGGCUGCCCACCAGAAGGAGGAGGAGCUGACCAAGGCCAUCCCAGCACUGCAAGCUCAGGUCAAACAGUCAUCGGCCAGACGCGAGAAGGUCGAGCAGCUGCAAGAGAAGCUGGACGUCGACAUGAAGGAGUACGACAAGAUGAAGACCAAGGUUGACAAGAUCGAGGCCGAGAUCCAGGAGGUGCAGAACAAGAUCGUCAACAUUGGUGGCCCAUCACUCAAGAGUAAGAGGGAGAAGGUGGAGCAGCUGCAGCAACAGAUCGACCAGGGCCAGCACGCCAUCACCAAAGCGCAUGUACAGAUAAAGAGUAUGGAGAAGUCGAUCGAGAAGUCAAAGAAGACCGUGGAGCUCAACCAGGCUGAGCUCGAGGAGAACAAGGAGAAGAUCAAGCAACAGAAGCAAAAGAAGAAGGACUUGGACACCGAGGCCACACAGCUGUCCGAGAAGUAUGGCCAGGCGCAGGAAGACCUUGAGCUCAAGGAGAAAGAGCUGACAGACCUCAAGAAGGAGCGCGACAAGCUCAGAGACCUCGACAAGAAGGGCAGCUACCUGGAGCUGGUCAUCCAGACCGAGCUGGACGAUGUGAGCAAGACGAUCAACGAGCACCAGGAGAAGGUCAAUGGCUGCAUGCGAAAGUUUGAGGAGCUGAACAAGAGGAAGCUGCAGAGCAAGAUCCUGGACAGCGACCCCGACGAGCCAUUGGAGAUCCUGUCGACCGAGCGCAUCGAGGAGAUGGCCAGCGAGGCCAACGAGAUCAACAACAAGAUCGCCGCGCUCGAGGUGCAGCUCAAGAACUCCAAGCCCAACAUGACGGCAAUCAAGGAGUACCGCAAGAAGGACGAGGACUACAAGACCAGGGUGGGCGAGCUGGACGGCGUGACACAGGAGCGCGACACCCAUCGCAAGAACUACGACAACCUGAGGAAGAACCGUCUGGAAGAGUUCAUGGCCGGCUUCUCCAUCAUCACUACCAAGCUGAAGGAGAUGUACCAGAUGAUCACGCUGGGAGGUGACGCCGAGCUCGAGCUGGCCGACAAUUCCGACCCAUUCUCCGAAGGCAUCAUCUUUAGUGUGCGUCCGCCCAAGAAGAGCUGGAAGAACAUCUCCAACUUGUCUGGCGGUGAGAAGACGCUGAGCUCCCUAUCGUUGGUGUUUGCCCUGCAUCACUACAAGCCCACACCACUAUACGUCAUGGACGAGAUUGAUGCCGCGCUGGACUUUAGAAACGUGUCGAUCGUCGCUCGCUACAUCCAAGAGAGGACAAAGAAUGCGCAGUUCAUCAUCAUCUCGCUGAGGAACUAUAUGUUUGAGUUGGCCGAUCGUCUGGUGGGCAUCUACAAGACAGAGAACUGUACAAAGAGUGUCACAAUCAAUCCAAAGGCAUUCAUCGCCGACAACAACAACACAAAUACAACUUCAACCAAUAAUGACGAGGACAACAACAGUAACAAGAGUAAACUAUCACAACAGUCAUCAUCAUCAUCCAGUCAAGUCAAU